UUUGCGGGCUCGGGCCGCGCUCGGCUGCCGGCGGAGGGGCCCCGGCGCGGCUCGGAGGGGCAGGCGGGGUCCCGGGGAGACGCGCAGCGGCUGAGCUCCCGCCUCGGGAAACGGGUCUCGCUGGCUACGACCCCGAGCCCCGGGGAAGCUGCUGCCUUUGUGCGUUUGCAGCGGGCUCGGCUCUUCCCUCCUGCCCGGCGAGUGCGCGGCGGCCGGGUCGGGCUCCGCGGCGUGGGGCCCGGUCAGCGGGGAAGCUGCGAUUCCGCCUCCACUGCCGAGCUGCAGCCGAGAGACCGAACCUGCCGCUGCCCAAGGAGAGGAGGCUCUGGCUGCCGGGGAUGGCAGGGGCGCGCCCCGCUCAGGCCCCAGUCACGUUUGACGAUGUCGCUGUCUAUUUCUCCGCGGAGGAGUGGGAGGAGCUAGCAGAAUGGCAGAAGGAGCUGUACAAGGACGUGAUGAGGGACAACUACGAGGCUUUGAACUCCCUGGGACAUGCUGCCGCUAAACCCGACAUUAUCCGGCUGCUUGAAUGUGGGGAAGAGCCAUGUGUCAAGGGUCACAAGGACUCUGGGAAUGGAAAAGCUUUUAACUUUAUCUCAGAUGCUGAGAUCAGGGGGAAGAAGGAGACUCAUCUGCAGAAGACUCUCAGGGGAUUGGAAGUGCCCAGGCUGUUAGCAGGGGGACCUGCAGAAGGUGGCCUCCAGAGCUCGGACAGGGAAUUAGUCUGUCAGGCUCAGUCCAACUCAGAAGAUCAUCAGGGAAACUCUCCUGGAAGUGGAGUGGAGCCACCCACUCCUUGGCAAAGCAGGCUCACUGCAGCCACCUGGCAAUGCUGCUCCCUGGGAUGUAAGCAGGUGGCUCCCUUUGAACUCCCUGUGGGACUCCCGCAUGUGCUUGAGGGCAGGGUCUGGCCCUUGGAUGUCCUUGCUCCCCAGCCAUUCACUCCUGCUGAGACUCUGUGUAAACGCAUCCAGUGUGAGAAAUGGUUCACUCCGCUGCCAGCUGCUGGUGGUCACGGCGGGACGCCCAUGGGAGCAGAGACCUCCAUGUGCCCCAAGUGCAAGGGGAGCCGUGGGGAGAGCUCUUAUCUUAGUGCAUGUCAGAGAAUCCCCCCAGGAGAGAACCUCUGUAUGUGCGCUUGCUGUGAGCCAAGCCCAGCCCAGCCUGUGCCCCAGAGACUCCCCCCGGGAGAGAACCCCUGUCUGUGCGCUCGCCGUGAGCCAAGCCCAGCCCAGCCUGUGCCCCAAGACCCCCCGGGAGAGAACCCCUGUCUGUGCGCUCGCCGAGAACGACUGUAUAGAUGCCCCAAGUGCGAGAAGAGCUUCUGCUACAGGCAGGAAUACACGUGGCACCAGAGAGCCCACCUAGGCGACAGGCUCUAUAAAUGCAACGGGUGUGAGAAAAGUUUCCGCUCCAAGCAGGAGCUGGUCUGGCACCAGCGGGCCCACGCAGCAGAGAGGCCGUACAAGUGCAGAGAGUGCGAGAAGAGCUUCCGCUACAAGCAGGAAUUCACAUGGCACCAGAGAGCCCACGUGGGCGACAGGCCAUAUAAAUGCCCCACCUGCGAUAAGCACUUUCGCUACCAGCAAGAGCUCACGUGGCACCAACGGAGCCACACCGGGGAGAGGAGCUACAGGUGCCUGGGCUGUGAGAAGAGCUUCCGCUACAAACAGGAAUUCACGUGGCACCAGAGGGUCCAUGUGGGAGAGAACCCCUACCGAUGCCCCACGUGUCAGAGGACCUUCCGCUGCAAGCAGCAGUAUGCAAGCCACCAGAGGGCCCACAGCGGGGAGAGGCCCCAUAGAUGCUCUGAGUGUGGUAAGGGCUUCAGCCGGAACUCAGCCCUUCUUAAACACCAGCGACUCCACACCGGGGAGGGACCUUACUGCUGUCCUGCCUGUGAGAAAAGCUUCCACCAGUGCGCACACCUUCUCAAACACCAGAGAUCCCACACACGCAAGAGAGACCGGCCGGAUGGGCAGAAGCCUUCUGAGCGGAGGCAGCCCCAGCAAGGCCCGAGCAAGGCUGCAGGCAGAGAGACCCUGUAA